GUCCAUCGAACUAACAAUAUAAUAAUAAUAAUAAUAAUAAUAAUAAUAAUAAUAAUCAUUAAGAUUUAGAUUCCUAAAAAUCUUCACAAUUUCAUGUCAAAUUCACAACAGAUCAUCACAAUCAAUCGAGUCUGAAGAACACCAAAACAAUUUCACCACCACCACUAUGCGUCCGUCACCGUCGUCACCGCCGCCGCACUCCGGCGACCGCUCAAACGACGUCGUAAAGCUAACAAACGGCAAUGUUGCUGUUACUAGUUCUACUACUACUACUACUAAACAAGCAGAGUUAAUUACACCGUACACUCAAAACCCUAACCCUAACCCUAAUCCUAACAGUAUAUGGAGAGAUUCAAGCUACGAUUUCACCAACGACGGUGAGAAGUUCGACUUCGGAACCUCCGAUACGACGUCGCCGCAGCAGUCGCCGGCGUUGUCGAGAAUCCCGGAGAGUCCAAACAACUACGGUGUUCUUACACCGAAGGAAGUUAGGGUUUCGUUUCACGAAGAGGUUGUUGAGCCGCCGCCGCUCCGGCAGCGCUCCAUCGCCAGUGGUCGCACCUCCGGCAGCGGCGGUGGUGGCGGUGGCAGUGGAGAAGAGGUAGUGGUUUGCUCGGCGAAUGGUUCGUUUAAGCGGAAAUCGAGUUUGAUGCGAACAAAGACGAAAUCGAGGCUGAUGGAUCCGCCUGAACCGGAGCAGAGGUCUGGUAAGACGCCGAGAGCUGGCGGUAGCGAAUUGGAUGAAGAUGAUCCGUUUCUGGAUGAUGAUUUACCGGAUGAGUAUAAACAAUUAAGGUAUAGCAAAUGGACUAUACUUCAAUUGCUUAGUUUAAUAUUGAUUAUUGCUGCUUUGAUAUGCACACUCACUAUUCCAUUUUUGGAGCAUAAGAUUUUGUAUGAUCUUGUAUUGUGGAAAUGGGGGGUGAUGAUACUGGUUUUGAUAUGUGGGAGAUUGGUUUCCGGGUGGGGGAUAAGGUUUAUAGUGGUCUUGAUAGAGCGAAAUUUCGUACUCCGGAAACGCAUUUUGUAUUUCGUUUACGGGCUGCGAAAGGCUGUUCAGAAUUGCGUUUGGUUAACGUUGGUUUUGAUCGCGUGGCAAUGCAUAUUCAAUGAUAAAGUCGAACGAGCGACAAAGGGGUCGCAGGUUUUGCCUUAUGUGACCAGGGUUUGGGUUUGUUUGUUAGUCGCUACGGUUAUUUGGCUGUUGAAAACGUUGUUCGUGAAGGUGCUUGCAUCUUCCUUCCACGUGAGCACGUUUUUUGACCGGAUCCAAGAAUCUUUGUUCAACCAGUACGUUAUCGAGUCACUUUCCGGUCCGCCGUUGAUUGAGAUUCAACACGAGCGGGAAGAAGAAGAUAGAGUGAUGGCAGAAGUUGAAAAGCUUCAGAAAGCCGGGGCCACUUUGCCAGCCGAUCUUAAGGCAAAUAUAUUCAAGAAAAGCGGGAGGUUUAUCGGAACUCCGAAAACUAACACUCCUAAAACGGGUAAAAGCGGUAAAUUUUCCGAAACUACUACGCCUAAAAAGGUUGAUGAGGGGAUUACUAUUGAUCACUUGCAUAGGCUAAAUCAGAAGAAUAUAUCGGCUUGGAAUAUGAAACGGUUGAUGAAUAUUGUGCGUACGGGUGUGUUAUCUACUUUAGACGAACAAUUGGAUGAUGGUGAGACUGCAGGUGAAAUCACAAAUGAAAAGCAGGCUAAGGUUGCAGCCAAGAAAAUAUUCCACAAUGUUGCUAAACAAGGCUCCAAGCGCAUAUAUUUAGAGGACUUGAUGCGUUUUCUGCGAGAGGAUGAAGCUUUGAAGGCGAUACGACUCUUUGAUGCAGAAAGUGAAACGAAAGGAAUCAGUAAAGGAACUCUCAAAAAUUGGGUGGUUAAUGCAUUCCGAGAACGAAGAGCCCUUGCGUUGUCUCUCAAUGACACAAAGACAGCUGUAAACAAACUCCAUCAAAUGUUGAACGUAGUUGUCGGAGUUUUAAUAAUCAUGAUCUGGCUCCUUAUACUUAAAGUGGCAACUACAAAAAACUUUAUUUUCCUAAGCUCACAGCUACUUUUGGUAGUGUUCGUGUUUGGUAACACAUGCAAGACAACAUUUGAGGCCAUUGUUUUCUUGUUUGUAAUGCACCCAUAUGACGUGGGUGAUCGUUGUGAAAUCGACGGUGUUCAGAUGAUAGUUGAGGAGAUGAAUAUAUUAACAACGGUUUUCUUGAGGUACGACAACCAAAAAAUUAUAUACCCGAACAGUGUCUUGGCCACGAAACCAAUUGCCAAUUAUUAUCGUAGCCCGGAUAUGGGAGAUGCCAUUGAUUUCUGUAUACAUGUAUCAACUCCUGUUGAAAAGGUUGCUCUAAUGAAGGAAAGGAUAACAAGCUACAUUGAGAACAAGAGUGAUCAUUGGUACCCUGCACCACUGAUUGUGGUGAGGGAUGUUGAAGACAUGAACCGGUUAAAGAUAUCAAUAUGGCUCUCCCACCGUAUGAACUUCCAAGACAUGGGUGAAAGAUGGCAACGUAGAGCGCUUUUAGUCGAAGAAAUGAUUAAAAUAUUUAGAGAGCUAGAUAUUGAAUACCGCAUGCUCCCGGUUGACAUCAAUGUUCGUAACAUGCCUACGUUGACCUCGAAUCGACUCCCCUCAAAUUGGUUAGCUUGCACAAAUUGAUCAGUUGAACUGCUUUGUUGAUGAACCCAUUAGGCAUUGGGUGUAGUUUCCACCACUAGUAUGAGGUGUAUUUUAGUUUUGGACCGAGUGGAAUGUGCAGGAUCUAUUUACUAGUAACAGGUUAAUUGAAUCAAUAGCAAUGUAUAUUAUAUAUGCAGAAACUGUUAUUUAAGUAUUUUAUUUUCUUUAAGCACCUUUUUGUUUUGA